UGGAGAUCCUCAACCCGUCGCAGAGUAUUAGUGCGACGGGCCCGUGGAGCCUAAUGUCAAUUGCGGGCGACUCGGUUUAUGUUGCGGGCAUGCGCGGCAUCUACCCCUCGAACGACUCAAUGGCCGAGGUUGGCUACCCGCGCAUUAAGCAGGCGUUCCUCAACAUGCAGUGGCUCGCGGAGUAUGCGGGUGCGGAGCUGACGGACUGCUCGCGGUUGGUGGUGUACACGACGGAUAUGUUCAGAUAUCGCCCCAUCGUCAACCAGGUGCAAGAGGAGCUCUGGAAGAACGGGACGUACCCGCCGCGCACGAUCAUCGAGGUCCAGCGUCUGAACCAGGACGAUAUCGUCGAGGUCGAGGGCACGUUCUACCUCGGCUCGGGGGCGAAGUAUGUGUAGAGGUGCUGGGAGUUGGCACGGAGCAUGCACACGGGAUUGCGACGGACGCUAGGAUAGAACGCUGAACGUUGCGAAUGAUGCUGAUAAAAGUACAAUACUGGAAGGCAUAGAUGAGAUGUAGGAGUACAAUGUUGUCGAACAGAGACGCGAAGUGCAGCAGGAAGAGUCGCUAUCCGUCGAGCUCAGGCUACCUCCACGCCAUCGCGAAGCAGCUGCUCG